AGCUGGGACCAUCUUGUGAUGGGAACACACCUGCCACCUCCCGUCAGGCAAUAAGGCUUAAAGUCAGAGAACAGGGCCAGGGGCAGGGUGUGGCUACCUGGUACUCUGGGAGGGACAUGGGACUUUUUACAGCAGGGACAAAGUCCUCCCCUGAUUUCAGCGUAGGCAGCCUGUACGGAGCUGAUACCUUGGUCUCCCAGCCUUGCUCCAGGUCCGGCCUCCUGAGGGUCCCGGCCCUCCGCCCCACUGCACAGGAUGCAGGGCGGCUGGGUGCUGCUGCUGCUGGGCCUGCGGCUGCCGCUCUCCCUUGGCUUCAUCCCAGUUGAGGAGGAAGACCCAGCCUUCUGGAACCGCCAGGCAGCCCAGGCCCUGGAUGUUGCCAAGAAGCUGCAACCCAUCCAGACGGCGGCCAAGAACCUCAUUCUCUUUCUGGGGGAUGGGAUGGGGGUGCCCACGGUGACAGCCACUCGGAUCCUAAAGGGGCAGAUGAAUGGCAAGCCGGGACCUGAGACGCCCCUGGCCAUGGACCGAUUCCCGUACCUGGCUCUGUCCAAGACAUACAACGUGGACAGACAGGUGCCAGACAGCGCAGGCACGGCCACCGCCUACCUCUGCGGGGUCAAGGCCAACUACCAGACCAUCGGUUUAAGCGCGGCCGCCCGCUAUAACCAGUGCAACACGACCCAGGGCAAUGAGGUCAUCUCCGUGAUGAACCGGGCCAAGAAAGCAGGGAAGUCGGUGGGAGUGGUGACCACCACGAGGGUGCAGCAUGCCUCGCCGGCUGGUACCUAUGCACACACGGUGAACAGAAAUUGGUACUCCGAUGUCAACUUGCCUGCCGAGGCACAGGCACAGGGCUGCCAGGACAUCGCCACUCAGCUCGUCUACAACAUGGACAUCGAUGUGAUCCUGGGUGGAGGCCGCAAGUACAUGUUUCCAGAGGGGACCCCGGACCCUGAAUACCCAGACGAUGCCAGUCAGAACGGAGUUCGGAAGGACAAGCGGAACCUGGUACAGGAGUGGCAGGACAAGUACCAGGGAGCCCGGUAUGUGUGGAACCGCAGGACAUUCCUUCAGGCCGCCCAGGACCCCAGCGUAACACACCUCAUGGGCCUCUUUGAGCCGGCAGACAUGAAAUUUGAGGCCGAGCGAGACGUCAGCAUGGACCCCUCCUUGGAGGAGAUGACAGAGAUGGCCCUGCAGAUGCUGAGCAGGAACCCCCGUGGCUUCUACCUCUUCGUGGAGGGAGGCCGCAUUGACCACGGACACCACGAGGGCAUAGCCUACAUGGCUCUGACCGAGAGUGUCAUGUUUGACACCGCCAUCGACAAGGCUGGCCAGCUCACUAGCGAAAAGGACACACUUAUCCUGGUCACGGCCGACCACUCUCAUGUCUUCUCUUUUGGUGGCUACACAUUGCGUGGAAGCUCCGUUUUUGGCCUGGCCCCCAGCAAGGCCUUGGAUCUCAAGCCAUAUACCUCCAUCCUUUAUGGCAACGGCCCGGGCUAUGCUCUGAAUGGAAGCUCAAGACCCAGCGUCACUGGGAGCGAGAUUAGCGACCGCAUGUACCGGCAGCAGGCGGCCGUGCCCCUGGAAAGCGAGACCCACGGCGGCGAGGAUGUGGCGGUGUUCGCGCGCGGCCCGCAGGCGCACCUGGUGCACGGCGUGCAAGAGCAGAGCUUCGUGGCGCACGUGAUGGCCUUCGCCGCCUGCCUGGAGCCCUACACCGACUGCAACUUACGGCCGCCAGAAGGUCUUUCCAACGCCGCACACCCCAGGCCGGUGGCCUGCCCACCUUCGCUGCUGCUGCUGCUGGCGGGGGCACUGCUGCUGCUGCUGAUGCCCGCCCUGCACUGACCCCACCCAUCCCAGGCCAAGGCGGCUCCUGCUCCCCUGCCCGGAAGCCACCAGCUCAAGCCCCACCUGGGCUGCCACCUCAAGUCCCCACCCCGCAGUCCCAUCUCAGCUGCCACUCUCAGAACCCCCAUCCAGGACUCUCAGCCAGACUUUGCCCUCUCAACAAUAAAGGAACCUCAGGAUCCUCGACAGACCUGGCACCCUGGAGGCUGAGGCUAUGAUCUUCCUGUGCCACCCAUAGUCCUCCUGCCCUUUCCCCAACGUAGUGGCCCAGGAUCUUGUGCUGUGUCACCUUGGACCCCAGGAAAGGUGGGGGCUCAGACCAACCAGUGUCUCCUCACCACCUGUAGCCCUGCCUGAGGACCAGGCAGGCAUCAUCCCAGAGGCAUCCCCAGGACCUGCCAGGAUCUGAGCCUCACCUUUCCUGGAGACCGGAGGAGGUGGGGGCACCUGGAGGGCGGGGCUUCCUGUCGACCAGGAAGGGACUCCGGAAGCACCUUGCUGGCAGAGGAGGCUGCUGGGGUCAGGACACCCAGGAGGCCUUUGACGCAAGAGGCCUCAGCUGCCCCCCCAGGAACCCAGAGGGACCAUUCCAGAGAGGAGGUGGCGACACAGAAAGGAGAAGAGACCUGUCCUAAGUCCCUCAGCCACUGUGGUGGUGGCCCCCCCAGUGCCCAUUCCAGGCUGGGAGAUCCAGGGAGCAGCCAGGCAGGCUGAGGGUCAGGGCAGGUCCCCUCCCUCCUGAGCGGGACAGAGCAGUUGUCAAAUAAAUGGUUGUACAGUG